AUGCCCGGAAUAGAUGCACCGCCGGCGCGGGACGCCUGGCGCAAAGCAUUCAAGAACUCCUUUCUUCGACGACUUCGAGCUGAUCGAUUAAGGGCACCAUUAGAGACCCUCCAUUCUCGCGAUCCUGCCAGGCCUGAGGAUAUAGCCGAUGUACUGAUAAGUUUUCGCGCUGCAAAGGGUGGACAGGAUGAUCCGCUGCUAUUCAGCUACGCCAAGCUGCUGCUCACGGAAAGCUACAUAUCAUCAAGCGAUAUAUUGUUAGCACUACUACGACAUUCCACAUAUGGGCCAGAGAAAACGUACAAGCCAGAACGGAAGCAGCUUCCAGGCCUCCCAUCAUGCGAAGAAAGGAUGUUCAUCCUGCUCACCCAGCAGCACUCAACGACCGACCUUCCGAAAUCUGCCCUUGAACUCCAUCGCCUGAUUCACAGCGUCGUCCAUUGGCUCAAAGCAGUCAGCCAACAUGAACUGGAGAAGCAGAUCGCCGGCGAUGUCGACCACGCUAAUGGCGGACAAUCGUUCGGCAUGUGCGAGGCUCUUGGGGCUCUUGCACUGUCUGUCCUCGGCAAUCAGUCCAUCCGCGCGGUCACGAAACAGAAGUGGUGGAAAGCAGGCAGAGCAAAGAUAGUCGCCGAAAUGGAAAGCUACGACAUGCAAGUACUCCAGAACAUCAACUCGCAAUAUGCCGGGAAGCUGCAGCAGAUCACUGGACUUUCGCCAUACAUUGCACUGGAUGACAAAGGAAGGCCGCUAUUUAGCAAAGAAGCGAUUCUGAAUUCUGUCGGGGAAGUGUCUCCUGUGCACUCACGUGCUGGCCUGUUCAUCUGGCUGAACGCUGCCCUCGCAGCACGACCGCUCACAGAUGAUGCAACGAUACAGAGUCACCUCUACAAUCGAUACUCGGGCGACAAUCAAGCACUCGUGUCGGAUCUACUUGUGGCGACCUUUGAUGUCCUCACGAAUUCGAUGCUUCGCAAGGAACCACGCCAGAAUGUGAAGACGAUCCGCUCGUUCCUGGUCAACAAGGUGCCACUCAUCAUCUCCGCUCUGUCGGGCAUAUCAGCAGAAUCCUGCAUACAAAUGGCCCUUAUCCCUGGCGGUAUGAUAUCCAUGGACCCUCUACCACCAAUCACCUCGGGCGCUACCGAAAUGCGAGAGUAUCUGACCACUGCUCGCCUGGAAUUCCUCCAAGCAUGCCAUUUACAUGGUCUUGUGUCAGAGGGUGCCGUCGCCGCAAUACUCCAAUCAAGUGUAGCUCUGCCACGCGUACAGAAGCUCAACAAAGAGUUCCUGAUUUCGCAAUGCGCGAACAAUGUGAGUCGACUCGAAAGCCUUGUUGAGGACCUGGACGCUUUUCAGGGCAAUGCCGGUGCGAUUUCUGGUUGCGUUGUCGAGACCAUUCACAACUUAUGCAUGAGCAAAGACACAAUGUCCCUUAAAACAGUUUGCAACGCUCUGAUCAAGAAGAUCCCGCGCAUGGACAUCAUCAUGCAGUACGCCCAGCCCAGCAUGCUACUGUUUCCACUCUGCAAUAUUCUCAAUGGCUGGAGCCACGACCAAGACCAGUCUGAAUUUACGCCUCAGUACGAGGAGUUCGCAUCUAUUUUGCUGCUCACGCUGGCUAUCGUCCACCGCUACGAGCUACACUGGUCUGACAUCGGUCCGAUCGAGGAGACAUUCGUGUCACGAUUGCUCGACAACAUGUCCACGUCCUUACCGGGGUCCGAAUUAACGAAACAACAAAGCACGCAAUUGUCGAAAUGGAUAGCAGAGGGUCUAUACGCCGUCGACGAGCAUGGCGAGACCAGCGGCAUCGGAGACGAAGUGAUGCGAAAGUGUCCACCGCAGGACUUCUAUCAUUUGGUGCCCACGCUUUUCGAACAAAGUGUCUUGGCCUGUCGAGCUGGUCGGCUGCCCAUGAAGACCUUCAAAGGCGGACUUGAACUGCUUCUCGAGCCAUUCCUGCUACCUUCACUGAUCAUGGGCUUGGGUUGGCUCGCUUCACACUCAUGGGAAGAUCACAACGAUGCAGAGACAUUGCUGCAAAUACUGGACAAGCUUCUCAAGCCGUCGAGCUCUUCGCACGAAACGCAAGCCAUGCACAAAACGAUUUUGGCCAUAGUAGCGACGCCAUUGUACGAAUCUUUACAAGCACUGCUCAUGAAGCAGCCCGACAAGAAGAAGGCUGCCGAGCUGGCCAAGCUACUCGAGCCCUACCUCAAUCAGCAAAGGACGUUGAGCUGCCGAAAAGGAGAGCUUGAUGAAUGGCUACAGACGGAAAGCGGUCUUGCCAGUCAUGUUCAGCGCGGUAUUCGAGAUCUUACGACUUGGGCAUCCACCUCGCUGAGUCCACCCAACCCGCCACCGCGAUACACAUUCAAGGAGUUUGCGGUCGCUUGUCAGGUCUUAGAGGGCAAUGCUUUGCUAGACGCAAUGGUCGAGGAGGUCGCACAAAGUCUGAAUAUCCCGAUCGCGCUCGACGUUUGCGUAGCACUGGCAUGCGCGCCUGUCCCGUUCCCAAUGCGAGCACAGCACGAGACCCAUACGACAGGCUUGACUGCAAAGCUGCGACAGAGUAUCCGUCUUGUGUCGGAAAACCCUCAAGGCCUACUGGAUCGCAAGCGUCUUCACGCUGAGAUCCUGGUAAUGCUGAAUCGACGGGUCGGCCAACAACUCCGGGUCAAUCAAGUGCCUGCCAUGGCACAAGCCAUCCCGAUACAAGAUCAAACCGCAGCAGACCAGAUUAUGCAGGAGCUUGGCCUAGACAUAGCUACUACCGACAACGCGAUGAACAACACAGGAAACAUCGAUCAGGAUCACAUUAUGUCGAAUAUUGAUAUCUCAGCCAAUCCGACUGACCAGGAAAUCGCUAACAUGACAGCUCCAAACAAUGACUUGGGAGGUAACAUGCAGACUGGCCAGGCUUCGACAGGCAUGAUGGGCAAUGUUGAUAAUCUGACGGGUCUUAACUUCGGCAUAGGCCAGUCCAACACAAACAAUGCGAAUCAACAAAUGAAUUCGCAGGAUCAAGACGAGGACAUUUUUGCUGGCCUGGACAUAAACAAUGAGAUGAUGAGCGACAUAGACUUUGACUUCUCGUAG